AUGCAUUCUGUCAUUGGGAUGAUCAUUGGAGCUCUGGUUGUUGCACAGGCCGCAAUUGGGUCACAGCAAUUGCACACCAGACAGGAUGGGAUCGCUGAGCUACUCACCGACAUCAAUCAGAUCUCGCAAUACUGGGGUCAAAUAGCACCCUAUAGAGACAAUGCCGACAGCGCCUUUGGCGUCAACAAUGUUGGCCUUCCGAAUGGCUGUCAGAUAGAACAGGCACACAGCCUUCAACGCCACGCGCAACGAUUCCCAAGCAGCUACUUCGACGAUGGCAUUAACGACGAGAAGUUUGCAGCCAAGAUUCAAAGACAGACGAGAUCAAGCUCGAACUCGUCUUUCACAGGACCACUAGCUUUUCUAAACUCCUACCAGUACCAGGUGGGCGAGUCCUACCUCACAGGCAUUGGCGCCAGCACCGAGUUUGAGUCCGGCGUGGCUUUCUGGAACCGCUACGGCCGAACAGUUCUCAAUGCUACUGUUGGCCAGCUGCAAUACAACGCUUCUUACGAGAACGCAACUGCCCGCCCAAAGCCAGUCUUACGAACGACUAGCCAGUCUCGAAUGUGGAACUCCCAAAUAUCGUGGGCUCUUGGCUUCUUCGGACCAUCCUUCUACGAAACGCCCAUGCCCGGUCUGGACAACUUUGUCAACGGCUCACUCUUUGAUGUGGUGAUCAUUCCCGAAGGUGGUACUGAAAACAACACCCUCGCGGCGUACGACUCCUGUUUCGAAGACCUCUUCACUCCACUGGGCCUCAUCGGCGACGAUGAUGCGUUCUUGUUCUAUGUUCCAAUGUACCUGGCCGAUGCCACGGAGAGGAUGAAUCAGUAUGCCCCUGCAGGCUUCCAAUUCAAUGUCAACGACACCUUCGCAAUGCAAUCGAUAUGUGCGUACGAGACCGGAUACAUUGGCAGGAGCGAUUUCUGUACGCUCUUCACUGAGGAUGAAUGGGCUGGCUUCGAGCUUGCUUUGGACGCCGAGUACUACUACGACUACUCCUGGGGCAAUCCAACUGGCCGCGCGCAGGGCAUAGGAUACCUCCAAGAACUCCUCGCUCGCCUCCAAAACGAGUACAUCUACAGCAGCAACAGCUCUGUCAACGCCAGUAUCACCAAAAACGGAGAGGACUUCCCACUUGGCCGACCAUUCUACGCAGACUUCACGCACGACGAUAUCAUCAUCUCUGCACUCACCGCCAUGAGCUUGGACUACUUCCGCGAGCACCCGGAUCUGAAUACUUAUCCUCCCGACCCGGACCGGCACUUCUUCCUGUCAAAGAUCACACCUUUCGGAGGACGUCUUAUUACAGAGGUCAUCGGCUGUGCGGAUCCCAACCCUCUCGAACAGCACAAUGCUCGGACACAGUAUUAUCCAACACAAUAUGGCUACGACCCUGCCAACGCACCACACAAGUUCAUCCGCAUGCGUUUGAACAAUGGCAUCCUGCCUCUUGACACCAUCCGAGGUGGACAAUGUGCUGGACGGACGGAUGGGAUGUGUGCGAUGGAGGACUUUCUGGCUUCGCAAGCGAAAGCGGAAGAGUUGGCGAACUAUCAUUUUGCUUGCUUUGCGAACUAUACCCUGGACGAUCCGUUCAAUGGCAACGACUACGACGGGACGGUCAACAGAGAUACUGAGGGCAUUACGUUGUAUAACGGAACGAUCACCGCGGAGUAUGUUGAGGAUGUGUUGUACGGAUGA